AUGGCUGCAUCAAUGAACUAUAUCGAUGGACUACAGUCUUUAAGAACUACUGAUUUUCUUUUUGUCAAACAACAUAAGUCUCUCGUCGAAGCUUUGACUGGUUACCAGCCGGCAUCAAAAUUUAGUAUUUUUAAUCGUGAAAGUCAAUUAUUAUUUAAUGUAUAUGAAGAAUCGACUUGUUGUCAACGUUGCUGGUGUGCUAGCAGCCGGGAAUUAGUACUUCAUAUUAUGGAUACUGCCAACAACGAAGUUAUUCGAAUGAUACGUGCAUUGAAAUGUUGCUGUGUAUGUUGUUGGUGCGGUGAUUGUGAUAGUUGUAAACAAGAAAUGAUAAUAGAAUCACCACCAGGAACACCUAUAGGAAGUGUUAAUCACGAAGCUAGUCGUUGUCGAAUGCGAUAUACUCUUCGAGAUGCAAAUCGUACAAAUAUGAUGGGAAUUAUUGGCCCUCGUUGUAUCUGCGAUGGGCCAUACAGUUGUUGUUGUGAGAGCGAAUUCGCAAUAAUUGGUACUGAUGGUGAAACAAAAAUCGGUGGCAUUCAGAAAAAAUAUGGUGGCUUCUUCAUUGAAGCUUUUACAAGUGCUGACUCAUUUACACUGGAAGUUCCAAUGAAUCUCGAUGCCAAAAUGAAAGCAGUGGGUCUCGGUGCUCUGUUUCUCAUCGAAUUCAUGUGCUUCGUAUACAAGCCUAACAAUUAG